AUGGAGGAGUCUAGUCAGUCUCUGGGCCAUGGGCGAGACAGCGAAUCUGGAACCGCAAUCACAGCCGCCGUCUUUGAGCCAGUGGAGAUGCACGGCGGCCUGACAUUACCAGUUGCAAGCAGGCUGGAGCACUACUCGAUUCAUCUCACGGCAUCCACUACUGCAGACGCACAGCCCAACUUUCUUCUCGAAGCCUCCCCGUUCGUUCCUGUCUUCUUCCUCUCCCGAUCCAACUGUUACUCCUACUGCUACUCUGGUAUCCGACUUACUGAGCUGGUCGGGUUUUCGUCUCCGAUCGUCCCCUAACUAACUCUCCUUCACUAUCACCGAGGACGCCCCCCUCUCCUCUCCCCCCCCAGAAUCCACCCAUCACCUCAUCAUCACUAGUAGCCCCUUCCAUAUGUAAAUUUUCUAGUUUACCCGAGCGUAUCGCUAGAUCCGCAAACACAACAACACCACCAGGCAAGGCCACGCUGUACAAACAUCUGUCUGCCAGGUCCACCCCCCUCUCCCGAUCAAGUGCAUAACCAGGUUGCUGCCAUGGAGGAGGGGGUGGGAAAGACAAGGAAAGAGGGAGGAGAGGGGCGUGAGAUGAAGUAGUACACCUGGAUCCAAUAAUCCAACAAAGAUAAGUAAACUGGUCCCUGGAAGACCCCAUCCUUCGUUAAUAGUUCAUACUUCAUCACGGCACCAAGACCCUCCGUCGGGUCCUCAUAGAUACUA